AUGUCCCAAGUCACCAACAAACCCCCUCUCCAACUCGCUCUACGCGGAGACUCCCUCCUAACCUCCCCGCGCUUCAACAAAGGCGCCGGGUUCCCAGCCAACGAGCGCACAGCGUUUGGAUUGAUCGGCCGUCUCCCAUAUCGCACCAAUACCCUCGACGAGCAAUGCGAGAGAGCCUACGAACAGCUCACUUCCCGUGAUUCGGCGAUACGCAAGAACACGUUCUUGCAGAGCCUGAAGGACCAGAAUUGGACGUUGUAUUAUUCGUUGUUGGCGAGGCACUUGAAGGAGCUCGUUCCGGUCAUUUAUACCCCUACGGAGGCGGAAGCCAUCGCAAAUUAUUCGCAUUUGUUUCGGAGGAGUGAGGGGUUGUAUUUGACGUUCCCUUCUCAGGAGAGGAUGGAGGAGGAUUUCUUGGAACAGACGGAGGGGAGGGACAUUGAUUUGUUCGUUUGCACGGACUCUGAAGCCAUUCUUGGGAUUGGAGAUCAGGGCGUUGGGAUUUCUACGGCCAAAUCUGUCAUGUAUACUCUCGUGGGUGGGUUGGAUCCUUCACGCUCAGUCAGCGUGGUUCUAGACGUUGGGACAAAUAACGAGGAACUCUUGAACGACCCUCUUUACGUGGGAUGGCCAUCCAAGCGCAUCCGUGGAGAAGAAUAUGAUAACUUCAUUGACAAGUUUGUCCAACUCGUUCGAAAGUGUCACCCUCACAGCCUCCUCCACUUUGAAGACUUCGGAGUGACCAACGCACAUCGUCUCCUAGACAGAUACCGGGAGUCCCACGCUGCGUUCAACGACGAUAUCCAAGGAACAGGUGCUGUCACUCUCGCCUGUAUCCUCGCAGCCAUCGGUAUCUCCAGCCGCUCCUCAAAAAGCGGGCAAGGAAAACGGCUUUCUGACCAGCGAUACGUGAUCCUCGGCGCUGGAUCAGCAGGCAUGGGAAUUGCAGUACAGCUGCGCGACGCGAUGGUAGCUGAUGACGGCGUAUCGCGAGCUGAGGCGAAUCAACGGUUCUGGUUGGUCGAUCGUCAGGGGCUGCUCUUCGAUUCCGGUACAGCUCUACUCUCACAGACAGACUCUGCGGAGAGAAGAGAGUUCAUCCGGCCUGAAUCUGAGUAUUGGGAGGAACUGGUGGUUGGUGGGAGGGAGAAGACGAUCGGGUUGCUGGAGGUUGUCAAGCGGGUUAAACCCACCGUUCUGAUUGGGUGUUCGACUGCUGCUGGGGCGUUUACGGAGGAUGUCGUCAAGGCUAUGGCGGCUGCUUUACAGGCGGAGGAUCCUGGUGCGAGGCCCAUCAUCACCCCGCUGUCGAAUCCUAGCAGGCUGGUGGAAGCUACCCCAGAGAACAUCAUGCGUUGGACAAAGGGUAGGGCUCUGGUGGCUACCGGGAGUCCCUUUGAUAGUGUUCAUCUGGAGGUUGAUGGGAAGAAGAAAGAGAUCGCGGAGUGCAACAACGCCCUCAUCUACCCUGGCCUGGGAUUUGGCGCCAUCCUCUCACAAUCACGGCAGAUGACGGACACGAUGUUGAUCGCAGGAGCACGUCGUCUGGCUGCUCUGUCGCCUGCCAUCACUCUUGCGCGCAGAGCUGAGGAGAAAGGGGAGGAAUACGAGUAUAACGGCGAGGCGCUCUUGCCUGACUUUGGAGAAGCUCCAGAGGUCAAUUUUGAGGUUGCUGCUGCGGUUGCUGAGCAGGCUGUGAAGGAGGGUGUUGCCCAGGUGGAUUGGGCAGUUGGCCUUGGGUCGGAGCAAUUGACGAACGUAGUGAGGGAAAGAGGACACGAAAGGAUAUGGCUUCCUCGUUAUGCGGACUAUGUAUAUGAUAAAGAUGGGCUGCGAGGGUGA